AUGGAAGAUACGCUAUUGAAAGCUGAAAAACAGUUGCGAGACGUGGAUACAAAAUUAAGACUUCUCGAAGCUAAGUUAUCGACCGUAAAACUUGAAAAUCAUAAAAUAGUUCAAGACAAUGCAAAGGAAAUCAAAAUUGCGGCUGAUACUAACGAUAUUAAAAUGACGCCUUCGACUUCUGCGCUAACAGAAACUCCGGGAGUACCUGAACAGGCUGUUCGUCUCAAAAUGCAGUCUGAAAAUGCGAAUCCUGACAUAAUUGAACACGGAGACGAUUUACUCAACCAGAUGCAAAAUGACGCAUUUAUGGUAGCUACGUUGUCUGAGGAUGACGUAGGUCGUAUUCAAAAUGCCGUAAAUUCUUCAAUUCCAAAAUUCAAAGUAAUUUUCAAAAAAUCGGCGACAAAGAAGCACAGGAAAAGCAAUGAAGCGAAAGUUGAAACGUUGAACAGAAAACGUAGAAAUGUUGAUCGAUCGAAGAAGAACUCGAGUAUUGUUGGAGAAAAACGCGAUUCUCGUUUUGUUGAAACUACAGUAAACACAGAAGGAAGUUCAACAAAGAAGAAGAUGAAGAAGGAAAAGGAAAUAGACAAAAGUGUUGAAAUUAAAGAAAAGGACCCAAGAAAGAAAAAAGUGAUAACGAAUGGUAUUGAAGCUGAAACGAAUAUCAAAAAAAGCAAGAGAGAUGAGGAAACUGGAGAAAAUAAUGCAAAAACCAAGAAAUCUGAAAAUCAGGAAAUGAGAAAUCUCGAAGUUGAAUUAGAAAAAGAAAAGAAGGCAUUGAAAGAAGAGAGAAGGCGUCAAAAGGAGAUAAAAAAUAAGCAGAAGGAGGAAGAUGAGAAGAAUCGACGAGCUGAAGAUGAAGCUGCAAAACGGCGGAAACGUGAAGCUGAAAAUGAGAAGAAGGCGAAUGAGGCGGUUCGGAAGCGAAAACGACGGAGCAUUCUGGAAUCUGACGAUGAAGAGACGAGACAUCCAAAUAUAGUAAUAGAAAGUGCUACAGAUAGUGAGAAAGAAGAGGAAGAAGCACCAAAAAUGAUUUCACAACCUUCGGUGUCGUAUUCUACCCCACCAGUCAGAAAAUUGAGACAAGUGGAACAAGAUAAAUCGAAAUACUCGUCGGCGAAAGUGAAGAGUGUGGCCGGAAAAGAUCGAAGACAGUUACAGAAAGAGUUCAACUGUAUUAUUGCACCACAAAAUGAACUCAAAGAACUUCUCGCUUUUGACGAUCUGCGACACAUUCUUAAAGAAUAUGGAGUUCCUGAAGAGUACAAGGAAGAGCUCAAAAAAUUCCCUGAGGAAAUGCUGUUGACGUGCGAUUCUGAUGCCUGUCCGUUCUUUUUAUGCUACCAACUUCCGUUUUCUAGUUUGUACCAAGAAGCAAGAAAAAAGUGGAGGCCGCCUGUGAAUGCGAGACCAACCGACGAUCAUUUACGAAACAAAUGCUACCACUGCAAUCGAUCAUUAGAGAGUGUUCCAUUAGAAAUUUGGCAAAAAUAUCUCGGCAGCUUCAGCUAUUUUUGCUCUGUCAAAUGCAUUGCUGCUAAUGUCAGCAAUACGUUGAAGGCAAAUCCAGAUGCCGAAACGAUAACAGUGAUGAAUGUCCGUACUGGCGAGACACUGAAUGCCGGAUUAGCAAUGAAGUUAAAUUUUAAAGUUGAAGAAGAUGAUGUGAAACGUAUUGCGACAAAAAUCGAAGAAAGGUUAUACGAACGCAGCGAUAAAAUUUCCUUGAAUGCUUCCUAUCGAAUGUGGAAACUUCAAUUCAUCGUGAAAUGCAAUGAAAACGAAUUUGUUAAGAGUGUGGUGUUAAAUCAAAUUGCUCCUGAAAAAAUUGGUGCAAUGGAUUGUGCUCAACUCAAACAAUAUUGCGGGCAAGAAAAGUCGGAUGCCAAGAAAAAACCAGGCAAAUCAUCAAACGCAAUUGCACAUGUUCCUCUUGAUUCGAUUAUGGGUGACGAUACACGCGAUACAACCUCCGAGCAUAUGUAUCACAAUGUUUCAAAAUAUUGCGAUAUUUGUAAAAAGAUGGUCGCUGAAAAGAUUCGAAAGGAGGCCGAAGCGAAGAAAUUGAUGGAAAUUAGGGAAAAGAGCAAAAUGCAUGAUAGGGAGAACAGAAGAAGGCGCGAAAUGCGAGAACAAAAGAGGCAUCAGGAUGAAGAACUUGCAACUGCUCAUUCUUUCUAUGAUGACGACAACGAUUACAACGGGGGCGGAGCCUCGCCGUCGUAUGAUAAUAUUGAUGGUCCCGAAUAUAACCGACCCGGUAGAUCAUAUGAAAAGCCGCACGAUGUUCAAGGUUUUUUGAUGGAAUCACAUCGUGCGAUGAAUGAUCAUAAUUCGUGUGCUAUAGCAGUUCUUCGAAUAGAACCUGAAGAUGACAAAAGUUUAUUCGAUGAACAUCUGACGCGAUAUAUUAAUGAGGAUGUGGUAUCACAGUGGAAAUAUAAAAAGGAUGGCGAUAUCCUUUCAGUUUUUCUUUAUCCGCAUCGCGGAUCAGAAAUUUUACAUGAUACAAUUGCACCAAUACAAUAUAAUGUCGGAACAAUGGAGGACUGUUUCUUGCUCAUUUUUAUAAUAAAACCGCAGUUUGCUUCUCAAUUCAAAUAUGCUGUUCGAAUGUCCGACGUAGAAAUGCGAAAACAGCUACACGAAAUGGAGAAGGAGAAGCGAGUAACGCCAUCAUGGAGGAAUUUGUCGCCUAUUGAUGACACUUGGAGAGGAAAAGGCGUCGAAAGUUGGAGGCGUCCUAGGGGAAGCAGCGAAGGAAGCAAUACGACACCGAAGAAGGCUUCAACGCCACCUGUGGAAAAUCCUUCGAAAAAUCACUUACAUCAAGCUGAUGUCAAUAAUAGUGACGCAGUUUUACGUCGAAUAUCAAUUUCGGCGACGAAGACGCGAAUUAUUCUUGGAAUAAUUGAAACAACCGAACGAAUAAAUGAUAUUUUGGAUUCGACAAAGGAUUUCAUGGAUGAUCCCGAUGUGACUUCGGAGGAUCGCGCCACUGUUUCGAACUUGAUAGCGGAAAAAAUACAGAUUGAGAAAAGGAAAAAGAGAGAGAAAAAUAAGCAAAAUACUGGAGAGGGAAUUUCGAAUAAUCUCGAUCCAGCCAUUCCUGUUUUUACCGAAGGAGUUCAUCCACCUGCACUGCCAAUAACUACAAUGAACAUGACUACCCCAAUCCAAAUGGUCCCGACACUGCAAAUGCCUAGUUUCUCACAUCCUCCGCAGAACUUGAUGAUGCCAGGCCCUUCAUUCGAUCCUUCAUUUCCACCUCCGAUUGUACAGAAUACUCCGCACGUCAUGUCAGGAGUACCGCACAUUCCGCCAUCUUUCAUUAUGGGCGAGAAAUCUGAUCGCGAAAUUGUCGAUGAUGCGAUUCAGCGUGGAAUGGUUGCACCAAUUCCUCAAGAGCUUCUCCUGGGAACUCCCUUCAAAAACAAAAUGCCGUCUACUAUGUCUAAUUUCCGACAAGAUCGGUUGGAGUUCAGGAGAGAAAUUGAGUUUGAAAGAAUUGAUGAGGAUAAGAGAAUUAGAUUCGAAAACCAAAUGGGCGAAUACCACAAAACAUCGCAGGAAGAGCAAUUUGAGAAAACGGAUCAAGAUUUUCGAACGCAACAUUCGCAAAUAUACGAGAUCAAGAUAGCCGUGUGUUUAAUGAUCAUGCAAAUCUUUCGACAGAAAAGCAAUAUGGAGAAGAGGGUCACGAAUGAUUCGCCAAUAAAUGAGGAGAAAAUCGAAAAUGAGAAUAUUGUGGAUCCACAAUUGGGAAAGAAACAAAUGAAAUCACUAGCUGAAAAUUCUCUUCCGCUUCCUCCUCAACCGCCUCUAGCAGAGCUUCCUUCUUUCAAUUUGGCAAUGAUGCCUCCGCCACCAGUUCCACCAGCACCGCCACCAGAUUUGUCGAAUCCACUAGCUCCACCUGUUGCACCCGUGUUUAAUGUUAGUCAACCACCUGUGCCACCAUCGUUGUUCAGCGUUUCACCACCGCCAGCUCCGCCACCGCCUCCUAAUCUACCAGCCGCGUCGUCUUUACUUCUUCCGCCGCCGCCUCCGCCUCCUCCAGAUGUUGAUAUGUCUAAUGCAGAAAAAUCUCCUGAAGCUGAUCUGGAUGCAAAUGAUGGGAUGAAUUUCGACUACGACAAUGAUAUGAGUCUUCAAUAUGAGUAUUCUAACGGACCCGCCCAUACAUAUAAUGAGUACAUGCCACCUAAACGUCCUCCAAUGAGAGGAAGAGGAAUGCCUCCUCGUGGGCGUGGGUUUCCACCGCCUCCACCACCACAUUUUCGCGGUAGUCCAAUGCGAGGAGGACCACCAAUGCUGGGAGGACCACCAAUGCGAGGCGGACCACCAAUGCGUGGAGGACCACCAAUGCGGGGAGGACCGCCAAUGCGUGGAAGCCUACUUGGUCCAUACACUCCUCCUCGAGGUCAUCCAAUGAUGAGAGGAAGAGGAAUUCUGCCGCCGCCAAGAGGGCACGAAAUGCCUCCUGUUCAAAAUCACGGAUAUUUCUCAAGAGGUUCACCAUCAUCGAAUCGUGGCUGGGGACCAUAUGGUCCGUGGUAA